UCUCAUUUUUCUUUUCUUUUCUCCACACACAAACACACACUUCCACUUCUUGAUCUUCUUCGUCUCUCGUCUUUUCAUAAAACGCCAUUUUGAGUGAAUCUCAAGGACCAUUUUCCAUCCUCCAGAAAAACCCAUCAUUGCAUGUCUUCUGCUCUCCAUUUUCCUUAAUUCUCACUAAACCAAACACAGAAAACUAUCUUUUUUUUUUUUUAUUCUUUUUUCAGAAGUCUCAAACUGGGAAAUAACUGAAGAGUUUCAAUUUUACAAUUAUAAGUGGAGAAUCAAGGGGAAAAAAAAGUACGAAAUGGAAUCUGCUUUCAAGUUCAUGGAAAUGGAAUCAAACGAGCUGAAUUCUUCUGACCCAAGUCAAGACUGCUUCUUCAAACCCCAAAACUGGGACGAUUCCUCUUUGGAUCACCAGCAAGCCUGCGACCCAUUUGAGUCCGCCCUCAGCUCUAUCGUUUCCUCGCCGGCGGCCGCCAACUCCGGUGCCGGCGACGGUGCCAUGAUUAGAGAACUGAUAGGCAGACUGGGUAACAUUUGCAGCAACAACAACUCCGGCGAGAUUUCGCCUUCUCAGCAGUCUUAUAACAACAACAAUAACAGCACAAACACUUCUUGUUAUGGGACGCCAUUGAAUUCCCCUCCGAAGCUCAGUCUUUCCAUAGCGGAUCACCACAUCCGGGCGAAGCUAAACGUCCCGGGGAGUUACUUCCCGCCGAGCCUGGUGCCUCUUUCGGGCGACCCCGGGUUCGCGGAGCGGGCGGCGAAGUUUUCCUCCCUUGUAAACGGCCAAUUCGGGAUGAAUGAGGCCGAAUUCGGGUACAGAUCAAUGGCCAGAGUUGAUCCGGGGAAGUUCUCCAGAGGUUUGAGCAGUGGUCCGGGAGGUAGAGUCAGCGGAUCGACCCCGAAUUCAGAGAAGAAGGACAAUCAGAUUUCGAGGUCUUUGACGCCGGAGAACGGGGAAUUCGCCGACUCCAGGGAGGGAUCCUCGGUGUCUGAUCACAUACCAAGUGGAGUGUUUGGUGGGAAGGCUGAGAAUGGUAAUGCCAAGAAAAGGAAAUCAAUUUCUAGAGGAAAAGCCAAAGAAACAAACACCCCUUCAUCUCCUAAAGAUGCCAAGGUUGCGGGGGAGACCAGCGAAUCGGAUGCAAAAAGGAGCAAGAAAGAUGGAGCUUCUUCUUCAGGGAAUGAGAAGGAAAAUGGUGGAAAGGCAAAGGCGGAAUCCGGAGAUGGGAAUGAGAAGCAAACAAAGGAGAAUUCAAAGCCACCAGAGCCUCCAAAGGACUACAUCCAUGUCAGAGCUAGAAGGGGACAAGCUACUGAUAGCCAUAGUCUUGCUGAGAGAGUUAGGAGAGAGAAAAUCAGUGAGAGGAUGAAGUUUUUACAGGAUCUUGUCCCUGGCUGCAACAAGGUUACUGGUAAAGCAGUUAUGCUAGAUGAGAUCAUAAACUAUGUGCAGUCAUUGCAGCGCCAAGUUGAGUUUCUUUCAAUGAAGUUGGCAACUGUCAAUCCUAGGAUGGAUUUCAACAUGGAGGCUCUUCUGUCUAAGGAUAUCUUUCAAUCUCGUGGAUCUUUCCCACAUGCCCCUUAUCUAUUAGAUUCUUCGUCUUUGCCUGCAUUCCCAUUUGGGUAUCAUCAUCCCCAGCAAAUGCCUCCACUGCAUAACACCAUUUCUACUGCUACGGGGACCCAAUUCCCAGUAAAUCCUUUGAGUGCCCAGGCACUGCAUAGAACUCCUAGCCUUCAAUUGCCUGCCAUGGAUGGAUUUGCUGAAUCUGACCCACAGGUUCCUACUUUCUUUGAGGAUGAUCUCCAAAGUGUAGUUCAGAUGGGUUUUGGUCAGAUUCAGCAACAAAACUUCGAAGGCUCAAUGGCUUCACCUCAAAUGAAAGUUGAGCUAUAAUAAUACUUCUGCAUUAACCUCUUGGAUUUCAUUUGAGGCCUCCACUGGAGCGAGAAAGGUGUCUGUCUCUGUACAUACAGAUCAAAUUCCAGUUUGAGUGAAUCUCUUUAGCUUGGACAAAGAAGAACAGUUUCUCUUCUUUUAUUUUUAGUCCAUUAUUCAAAAAAAGUCGAUUGGCGACUUAAUUCUUUGGCGGAUUCUUUUGAGAAUUCGACACUAAACAUCUUAGAACUAAUUUGCAAACAAGGUCCAGAGUGAUUCUGUGAAACUCUCACAUUUAAGAUGUAACAUGGUCAGAAGAGAAAGAAAAAAGGGUGUUUAGGAGAGUUGGAUAGAGGAAGCAAUUUUUUUUGCAUGAAAUCUUUUGAUCCAACUUUUAUGUAUGAAACUUACUAUUUGAAUACUAUUACUGAUUCAUUGAGACUCCUUAAUGUUUAUAGUUCCUUCUUCUU